AUGGGCCCCACAGCACCCCAGGGCAGGAUCUGGCCAGUGCGGGGGGGGGGGGGGGGGGAAGGUCGAGGUCUUGGGCCUGGGGGUGCCCUGAGCUCCCAGCAGGACCCCAAGCACGGCCGGAUCCUGCACACGGAGGGAUCCUGGGACACCGCUGGAUCCCUGAACGGCCAGAUCCUGCACACGGAGGGAUCCUGGGGCACUGCUGGAUCCUGGGGCAGCACUGGAUCCCUGAGGGGCCAGAUCCUGCACACAGAAGGAUCCCAGGACACCGCUGGAUUCCUGAACAGCCAGCUCCUGUGCAGAGAUGGAUCCCAAGACACUGCUGGAUCCCUGAAUGGCCGGAUCCUGCACACACAGGGAUCCCAGGACACCGCUGGAUCCCUGAACGGCCGGAUCCUGCACACAGAGGGAUCCCAGGACACAACUGGAUUCCUGAACGGCCAGAUCCUGCGCACUGCUGGAUCCUGGGGCACCGCUGGAUCCCUGAAUGGCUGGAUCCUGCGCACCGAGGGAUCCCAGAACACCGCUGGAUCUCUGAGUGGCUGGAUCCUGCACACAGCCAGACCCUGGGACAUGAUGGGACCCCCAGGACACAGCCCAAGGCCAGAUCCUGGAUACAGCCGGACCCUGGGACACGGACGGAUCCAGGACACGGCCGGAUCCUGCACACGGAGGGAUCCUGGAUACGGUGUGAUCCCAGACAGUGGCCGGAUCCUGGAUCCAGCCAACACAACCUCCCCCCCCAAAAAAACCCUGAGCCCCCGGCCGGAUCCUGGACAUGGGGGGGAUGACAACACCCCCGGUACGGCCAGCGGCAGGGCCGGAUCCUGGACAUUUUUUGGGGGGGACACGACCCUGACGUGGCCUGGCCCAGGAGAGGGCCGGAUCCUGCACCCCCCCCACAAUCCCCCCAUCGCUGUUUAUAUCCUGUACAGAGAAAUACAGAGGCUGUGGAACAACGGGAUCCCAAAAAGCCUCAAAUUUACCCCCAAAAAAUCUGCUGGGACCCCAAAAUCCCUGGAAUUUGCCCACCCCCAAAAAAUUACUGGAACCCCAAAAUCCCUGAGACUGGUCCCAAAAUGGGGCCCCAAAAAGCCUCAAAUUCACCCCCAAAAAAUCAGUUGAGACUCCCCAAAUCCAUGAGAUUGGCCCCAAAACCCCUAAAAUUCACCCCCCCAAAAAUCUGGGGGCCCCAAGUCCCUGAGAUUGGCUCCAAAAUGGUCCCCUGGGACCCCAAAACUCCAGGAAUUCACCCCAAAAAAAUCUGCUGGGACCCCAAAAACUCUCAAAUUUGCCCCCCAAAAGUAUACUGGGGCCCCCAAAUUCCUGAGAUUGGCCCCAGAAUCCCAGGACUUCCCCCCAGAAAAAUUCCUGGGACCCCAAAAAUCCCUGAGACUGACCCCAAAAUGGCUCCCCUGGGACCCCAAAACCCCAGGAAUCCACCCCAAAUAAAUCUGCUGGGACCCC